AUGACUGAUCCCAGCGCGCCUUCAGAGGAGGAUGCUAGAAGGGCACGCAUAGAGAAACAUCGCGAUGUAGUCGACAUGCUGGUCAAGGUCACGUCGAACAUCAAGCUCCAAGGGAGUGAAGACUGGGCUGCUCUUGUACGCGAUAACCAGACACAGGCCUCCAAAGAUCUGAAGAAAGAGAGGGAAACGUGCGACACCAAGAUUGAGAAGAUGAGAGUAGAGGUCAAGGAGGCCCAGAGUUCGUCGAACUGGAACUCAAACAACCUCUACAAGAUGGAGGUCGACAAGGCCGCCGUUGACAAGCGACUGGAGACCCAGGAUGCGCAAGUCAAGCGCCUGCAGACAUUCGCAGACUCGAGCGCUGAGAACACCAUGCUCAAGUCGACUAUAGAGAAGCUGCAAGCUCAGCUUGAUGCUGCGACCGCAACAUCCUCGAAAGAGGCUGCUGAAGUUCGGAUCGAGGCUCCCAUCAACCUCGCGAUGUCUGCAGCGACACGCGAAGCUGAUGGCGCGCGUAAGAUGUUACAAAAGACGGAAGACAACAAAGCCUCUGAGCUCGAUGCCCGCGAUAAGACUAUCGCGACCCUCAACGACAGGAUUGCGGCCCUCGAGGACUGGAUCGCCGCAGACCAGAUCACUAAGGCUGAUCUGCGUGAAACCAUGCGAGACUACCGUCGCCAGCUUGACGAGAUGAAAACUAUCAUUGACCAGCGAUCCGCCGCCAUGGAUAAGCUGACCGAAGCCUACGAUAAGGUCACGACUACGAACAGCAACCUCUACCAACAGCUCCACGAAGCUUACCUUCUCGCGCAGACGAACAUGGAAGUGACACGUUAA